AUGUCUUUAGACGUAGGUAGUUGUACACCUUCUGACCCUUCCCUUAUUUUUUCCCCUAAUUAUACGAUAAACCCAACGUUUAGAGACGACAUGAGGGGAUCUUCCGUUCCUUGUUUAGUCGACAUUGCGGUAAACCUCACCGAUUGCGUCUUCCGUGGCGUUGAUUGGAAGGGUCGACGUGUUCAUGAUGAUAACUUUGACGAGGUGAUGCGUCGCGCAGUGGAACACAACGUAGGGAAGAUCAUCAUCACUGGUACGAGCCUUCCGCAGUGUGUAAAGGCGAUACGUCUCUGCCGUCGCUAUCCAUCUGUCCUUCGUUGCACGGUUGGGGUGCACCCUGCGCAUUGCGCGGAGAUGACACGGCCGAUGGAUUGGAAGGCUAUUGAAGCUGCAGCAGAAGAUGAUGUUUCGAUCCAAGUACCUUAUUACUCUGCAGGGGAACAUUCCGAUGACUCACUACACCAUUCUGACGAGCGUAUGGAGAAACUUGUGGAAUUGGUGAAUGAGAAUCGUGAUGUUGUGGUUGCUGUAGGGGAGAUUGGUUUGGAUUACGCAGAGCUUUCCUACUGCCCAAAGGAGGUACAGAGGGAAUACUUUAUUCAACAGUUUCGGGUUCUCAGGACUUUGGGUCUCCCAUUCAUACUUCACUCGCGUGAUUGUGGUAUGGAUUUCGUUGAACUAAUUGAAGAGGAGGUGCGUUCGUGGACAUCUGAAACCCCAUUCGUAGGUGUUGUGCAUAGCUACAAUGGGAGUCCUGAGGAGCAGGAGCGGCUUCUCGCCAUUCCAGGUGUUUAUUUCAGCAUAAACGGCAGUGCGUUUAGGGAAAAGGAACGUUCUGAGCAGGUUUGUAGCAUUCCGCGCGAUCGGCUGAUGCUGGAAACCGAUGCACCAUGGUGCGACAUUAGGCAACAGCACUAUGGUGCCCGCUUCCUUCGAACUCAGUUUCCCACCAAUCGGAGGGGAAAGCCGUUUGAUCCGACGCUCUGCAGUGAGCGCCGCACCGAGCCUUGCCACUUGCGGCAGGUACUCGAAGCUUACGUUGGUACGGUGAGAACAAUGGGGGAAGAGAGGGGGGAUGCCUUUCUUGCAAAUAUUACAGAGGAGGAAGCCCAAGAACAGUUCUACCAAACAUGUGUUGAGGUGUUUCACAUCUGA